AUGAAGGAAAAUGAAACAAAUAAUCAAGCAAUGGACGAGGAGAAAUUGGAAGCGGCGGUGAUGACAAAGAAACUACCACAGAAAAAGUUCUACAGGCAGAGAGCUCAUUCAAAUCCUCACUCUGAUCACGACAUCGAAUAUCCAUUAACUCCGGAUAGGAUGGACUGGACUACGCUGUAUGGGGAUUAUGCGAACGGGCGGACAGUGGAAUUUGCUGAUGUUGGUUGUGGAUACGGCGGUCUUCUUAUGCAAUUGAGUCCGAGAUUUCCCGAGACACUAAUGAUCGGGCUUGAGCUACGUGUAAAGGUUUCAGAUUUUGUCACAGAGAAGAUCGAAGCGCUAAGACAAAAAGCUACAACAUCGGGUGACACUGGCGCUGGUUUCAAGAAUGUCGCCUGUUUAAGAAGUAACGCUAUGAAAUACAUGCCAAAUUAUUUUGGUAAAGGCCAGUUGACCAAAAUUUUCUUUCUCUACCCGGAUCCUCACUUUAAAAACCGAAAGCAUAAAUGGCGCAUUGUCACCCCUGGAAUGCUGGCGGAAUAUGCUUAUGUACUUCGACCUGGAGGAUUGAUUUAUACAAUGACUGAUGUGCAAGAUUUACAUGAAUGGAUGGUGGCUCAUCUUUCAUCUCAUCCACUGUUUGAACGACUAACAAAGGAAGAAGAGGAUGCUGAUCCUGUUGUACCAUUGUUGUUUGAGUCAACCGAAGAAGGGCAAAAAGUUACGCGGAACCAUGGAAGCAAAUUUCCUGCUGUCUUUCGACGCAAAGAAAACCCUGUUGAAAAAAAU